AUGAAGCUCGCUGUUGCCCUCGCUACCGUAGCAUUUGUCGCCGCUUCCGUCAAGUCUGAGCUCUGUGGCGAGCAGAAUAAGACCGAGACUGACAAUUACAUUCUCUACAACAACCUCUGGGGUGCGUUUGACGACCCCAGAGGCCACCAGUGCAGGGGCCUUGAUAGUGUUAAUGACUCGACUAUCGCAUGGCACACGAGCUUUACCUGGAAUGGAACUGCGUGGCAAGUCAAGUCGUUCGCCAACGCGGCGCUCAAGUUCGACCAUGUGCCGAUCGCGAACGUCACAUCGAUUCCCUCGGUUAUCGAGUUUAACUUUGACUAUGAGGGGAAACUGGUUGCCAACGUUGCGUUCGACAUGUUCACAGCUUCAACCCUUGGUGGGACCGCCGAGUAUGAAGUCAUGGUGUGGCUCCAGGCCAUCGGUGGAGCUGGACCCCUUUCGAAUACGGAAAAACCGAUCAAAGAGGUGAGCAUUGGCGGCGUCAAUUUCAGUUUGAUCCACGGUAUGAACGGUAACAUGACGGUAUUCUCCUAUGUCGCCGCCAACACCAUCAACAGUUUCUCGACUGACUUCAAGCAGUUCUUCAAUGAGCUCCCAGCCAUCAACACGAUUGCGCCCGAUCAGUACUUGAUCAAUGUUCAGGCUGGCACAGAACCCUUUGUUGGCAACGGCACGCUGACUGUGACAAAAUACUCGACUGCAGUUCACACAGCUUAG